AGCCUGCUCUCCUUCGAUCUGUUUGUCAACUCCUUCAGCGAGCUGCUGAGGAACGAGCCAGCUGUCCAGCUGGUACUUUUCAUGUAAGCAAGAGCUUCUCAAUAUUUUUGCAACCGAACAUUGUCUUUGGCACAAGGGGAAAACCGUUUGGGCCAAAAAUAGUACACUUUAGUUGUCUGUACUGAGUCAUUUGGGAUGAAAUCAAACAGCAUUAUCCUCAGACAAAUCCAGGACAUUGCCAUCCUGUUUAACCUGAUCAUCAUUCUGUUGAUGCUGUUUAACACCUUCGUGUUCCAGGUCGGCCUGGUCGCCAUAUUGUUGGAGCGAUUUAGAUCUCUGCUAAUGCUCUCUGCUCUCUAUUUGACCUUCAGUAUCAUACUCCACUCCUGGCUUAUGAAUCUGCGCUGGCUGAAUACCAACAGAUUUAUUUGGACAGAUGGCCUUCAGGUGCUGUUUGUCUUCCAAAGAACUGCUUCUGUGUUGUACUACUACUUCUACAAGAGGACCUCAGAGUAUCUGGGUGACCCUCGCCUCUAUGAGGAUUCACCGUGGCUGCGAGAGGUCUUUGCUCAAGUCAGACAGUGAUCUCACUGAAAGAAGGUCCAGAAACAGAGCACGUGAUGCUACAGAGGCCAGAACUACUGUGGGAUUGGCACAAUAGAAACCACCCAAAUGGAAAGCAGAUCUGUUUGACGUACAGAUUUCAAAAUAUAUACUGUACAAUUGGUAUAAUGGGUAAAAAUUGGCCUCUUUGUAAAGUUUGGUAAAUACAUUACAAUUUAAGGGUGCUUGCAAUUUAUUUGAAGUGCAUAAUCCCACAGCACUAAUUUCUUCAUUCAAAUUCAUCAUGAAUGCAUUGCUGACGUAUUUGUAUAAGAAGUAUAUUUAGGCCUAAAAUGCAUUUAUUUUAUGUCAUUAUAAAUCUCUUUAACAGGAAUUGUGGCCAAAAAACAAUAUUACUUAAAAUACAUAAAAUUUCCUUUCCAUGCGGGGAGGAUUGUGCCAAAAUCUGGUAAGAUGUUUAUAAUGACAAGGCCGAAGCGUCUCAUCAGGCUUGUUUUUGCUGUUUGGAUGGUACAGAGGACUGUUAUUAUGAAGGUUUGAAGGUCUCAGUUGGGACAUGAGAGAGGAGAUAAUGAUUUUUUUUGUAAUCUGUUGAUACCACAGUCACCACAUGCCCUUUUUUCUUUUCUUGUGUUAAUGCUGUACAUUUUUAAAGGCUACAUUGCAGUUGUUUUGUAUAUAUUUAGACUAUCUGGGUUGCUCUGAGUUUAUUUGUAAUGUUGAUAUUGAACAGA